GCCCACACAGAGCACACUCUCCUUGCCUUGGAGCUUGGAGAGCAGAGGAUUUAUUUAUGUUUUACAGGACAGGCUAAAUGAUUACGCAAGGCUAAAUAUCUGACCAAAGAUUUGAUUUAAAACAUUACAAAACGUUGGUUUUCGUCCUCUUUAUCUGACUAUCGCUUUGUAGCUUAAAAUAACACAAGAUAUUGUUGUACAGUGUGAUUUCAUACAAUUUUGGAAAGUCUUUAUUGUGCAUAUAAAGGGGACUCGGUGGAUAAAAAAGAAACAUAAUUUUAGUUGAGCUACUUAUUAAGAAUCAUCCUUAAGACUAAUGCGUGCAUUUGCAAAGCUAUCUGAAAGCAAUAUGUGCAUUUUUUAAUUUAUUGCGUUAUAAUUUCAAAACCAAUGGGUGUUGGUUUAUCUAAUUUUGUAACUCUUGUUUUACGGACGAGUGAAAUAUGUUUAGACGCCAAAGGGCAGUAACAUAAUUGAAACUUUGUUAAGGAGAGUACCUUGAUGCCUAAGACAAUGACUAUGAGUGGUCAACAGACUUUGUCAUCCGUGCCUUUGGAUCUAAGAACCACGACAAGGGAACGCGGGGGCAGCGCAGAGAGAACGCCGGAUGGAAAAGGUCGACAGAGAGACACUGUACCGUUGAAAGAGGAAUCACCAGCGUUCCACAACGAUUGCAGCAACGGACUGAGAACUUUCACCCCAGAGUCACUUCGCAAUACAGAUGUAUCAUCCGCAAAUACACAUCUGACAAAAACAGCCAAUGGAGACAAUGAAACAAGUCACCCUGUCAUGGCACCGAACCGUGAGUCUGACAGCCGUUUUUCUCCUAAAUGCGAAAGGAGCUCCGAGGAUAACAGUGACUUACGAUCGUGCGUGCGGAACCUACCGAUAAGGAAACGUCCCAUUCCCCAAGUCUCUACGGAUUCGCCAAGCACUACAAGCACUACCAAAAAACCGAAAAUAACACAAAACCUUGAGGCUGACUGUCAUUCAAGCCCUAGCUGUGCAUCAAGAACGGAUGUCCAUCCUGAUGAGGAGUCAGCGGUGCCGCGCGUGCUGUCACAGAGUCAUGAUGAUCUCCAGCGGAUGCCAUUCCCACAUUAUUAUCCAGCCUACCCUCCUUACGUUACUUGGUCUCAUGCAUACACCGGUGUACCAGGUAUUGUUAGUCUACCAGUUUGUCCAAAUGACCCACGCCGUCUUCACCCAGCGGAAGACACAGAUCAUCUUCGGGGAGAAGUUGCCUUGGCAACGCGUCAAGAUGACGACGGGGACACGGCUCUUCAUAUUGCAGUGGUUCAAGAAGAGGAGGCCAUGGUACAUAAGCUGAUUCAUAUUCUCGUUCAUUCGCAGAGGGACUUAGAUGUCUUCAAUAAUCUACGGCAGACUCCACUUCACUUGGCUGUAAUCACAGGUCAGGAGGGUUUGGUUGAAGCUCUGUUGAUGGCAGGGGCAGACCCAUGUGCCCUGGACCGUCACGGUCAGACUGCAGCCCACUUGUGCUGUGAGCAUGGUCACGCCGGCUGCCUGUCUCUGGUCCUCUCUCUCUCCCGUCACAAUCCCUCACCCUGCCUCGAGACCAGGAACUAUGAGGGUCUAACUCCUCUCCAUCUGGCUGUGCAAAACGGGGACAAAAAGUCAGUCACUAUACUGCUGGACCAUGGGGCAGACAUCAAUGCAGUGGACAUCAAAAGUGGUCGUAGCCCUCUGAUACACGCCGUUGAGAACAACAAUAUGGAGAUGAUUAACUUCCUCAUUGAGAAUGGCUGUGAUGUGAACUCACAGUCAUACAGUGGAAACACAGCUUUGCACAGUGCCUGUGGUAGGGGGCAUGUGGAUGCAGUCAGAGUCCUGCUGAAAAAUGGAUCAGACAGCAGCUUGAAAAACUACCACAAUGACACUGCAGUCAUGGUGGCCAAAAACAAGAAGGUAACAGAUGUGUUGAGGGGGAAAGGGUCCCGCAGCCAGAGUCUCAAAACACAAGACAUUCAGAAUGAGACACAUUCUCCUCAGAGAAGCACACCACAUUCACGACAAACUAGCAUUAACGGAUCCCCCUCGCCAAACAGUUUGGGUCGAUCUCCUUUAGCCACUCCCACUCCUGUGGCCCUGCCUCUUCAGCUUGGCACGUCACGCUCCCCUCCCAGCCAAUCAAGAGAGACCGUCUCAAGUCACCAUUCUCCGGCAAACAACCAAGAAGUGUUGCAAAUGAGGCCUGGCUUCCACAACAUGGUAGAAGAAAAUAGGGAAGGACAGAGACUACCGAUUCCGCAGCUUCAUUUUAUCCCCUCUGGCUAUGACAUAGCAAUGCCCUCUAUUCCUCACAUCCACAUGGGGGCGCUAGUACAGGGUCACCCUUACUACACACCUAGCGUACAAGUACAAGGACCUGUUUAUCAUCCAGAGGCAGGCUUCAUCCUUCUCCCUACCACCUUACCUGUUCCGCCCGUCCCUCAUUGCCCGCCCACACAGAUUACCGCGAACAAAUCAAGGCCUUCCAGCCGAAGCAGUGACCAAUCAGAAAUGUCUACCAUGAGCGCAAGCAGUGAAGGCAAAGAUGUUAGUUGACUGGAGAAACUAUGGGAAUAUGAGUCAUUUGCACUUGUGGUCAAGCUUUCGAGCAAACUGAAGGAAGAGUAGAUUCAAGGGGACUUCAAUGUUUUUAAUGAGAAUUGUAAAUGCUUUUUUUUUCCACGGUGUAUUUAAACAAUUUUAGCAUGUAUGUACAGUUUUACUUGCUGUUAAGGGUGUUUCUGGAAAAUCACACAUGCAUGUACUGACUUUCUGAGCACCGCUGUCACCUCACACACUGAUAUCUUACUGAGAACAACAUGCAUCUCCAAUGAAACUGAAUAUCAAUUUGGAUGCCUAGUGUGCAGGAGGUCAGAGUAGGUGAUGUUCUUAAAAGAGAUUACUAUCCACACUGAUUGUCUCAGUAAUAAGUUAUUUCCACAGUUCAAUACCAUGAACCUCCUGACAUCACAGUUAUAUGACAAAAUGACUUGACUGUAAAGCAGAUACAUUAAAAAAAUGUUGCACUGUAGAUGAACAUGUUUUAAGUAAUGUGUAUAAUGUAACUGCUAUCCUCUUAACCCUCAUUGUGUUGAUGGUGCAACACAUGAAUGUAACUGUCAAGGAAAUCCAUUUCAUUUAUGUGUGAAAUUUAGGUAUGUAUAAUAUCAAGU